AUGGCGGCUAGAGCCGGAGAGAAGAAGAGAGUGUUGAUUGUGGGAGCUGGUGCCGCCGGCAUGUCAUGUGCUCACCACCUUGCUGAACACCCCGAUAAAUUCGAUGUGACCCUCAUCGACGCAGUUGACUAUUGCGGAGGACAGGCCUUUUCAAUCCCACUCGACAAGGAACGCCACGGAGCCAGCUGGUUGAACCAGGGAGUUCAAGGUGGAAGUUACAUCUUCCACCACACACUUACCAUGUUCGCACGACAAGGCCACCACGCCGACCCUGUCAAUCUGCACGUGUCUUUCGGAAAAGACGACAUCUUCUGGACGAAUGUCUUCCCUACUGAUUUGCUCGCACGACACCAAGGAGAGAUCAAGCGGUUCAAGCGCAUGAUGACCUUCUCCCGCUGGUUCGAAGUUAUUUUUGCCCUGAUACCCAUCAAAUACAUGUUUAAGCUUUGGAGGUUUUCUGAGGAGUUCACCAAUACCGUCGCCAUGCCCAUGAUCGCUCUGUUCCUCGGAACCGGAAAUGAAACACCAAACGUUCCGUUCAUCGUCCUCGAGCGCCUCUGCACAAGUCCAACGUACGGCUUGUGGUACCCUCCGGACAAGCUGAGCAUCGCAAGUAACAUGCCCCCCAUGGUCGUAUUCCCGAAGUUUACCGAAUUUUAUGGAAAAUGGAAGGAUGACUUGAUCUCCAAGGGCGUCAACGUAAGGCUUUCAACCGAGGUCACAAAAGUGGUUAAGAGAGAUAAGGACGGUGUGAUUGUCAAGAUCGUCAAGCGCACACCAGUAUCGGACGGCCACAAUCCUAACAGUGCUUGGGUACCAAACGACCCCGUCAACGCCGACCGGAACGUUCGUGAAGAGACAGAGCACUAUGACGAGAUUGUGCUUUGCGUUCUUGCGGACACGGCUAAGCGCAUCCUCGAGCCAUCAGCCUCAUUCCGCGAGAAAAAGGUCUUGGGAUCUGCAAAAUUCUCUGACGAUAUUACAAUCACCCACUGGGACAGCGACUACAUGGAGAAGCACUACGAGAACUUCUACGACGAGAAAAAGGCCGUUUCCAGCCUCUCGGGCGUUGAUCAGUCUCAGCGACUCAAGUACGCCAAGGACUCUUUCAAGCCCAUGUACUACAUCAAGAUGUACCCCCAGGACCGCUCGAAGCUGGAGAUGUGCUUCGACUGCACAAACUACCAGAGCCAGUUUCCACCGGAGAUGCCCUUCGACAGGCACGUUUUCCAAACCAUCUACCUGAACAAACACCGCGACGGCCACCUCUGGAGCAGCGAAGAAAUCAACAAGGACAAAAUCAUUCGACAAGACUGGUGGCAUCAGCUUUGCCACUCAUGGACCCACUACCUUUUCGUCGUCCCAUGGAUGUGGCUGCUGCAAGGCCGCAAGCACACCCGUUUCGCCGCUGCCUGGACGCUCAUCAACGCCCACGAAGUUGCCGUCAUGUCCGGCAUCGCCGCCGCCGUCGAUCUGGGAGCCAAGUAUCCAGAGGACCUGGAGCGCGACAAGUUCGCUCUGCUGAGUUUUCGUCUCUACUACCUGCUCACAUACGGCAAGUGGUACAAGAGACACGCAACCAAGCAGACAAAAGAAGGUCCCGGCAAGGACUGGGCUAGCGGUUGGUACGGCAGCGUGUACAGGGGCCCGGGCGUCGGAACUACAGACAGGAAGCAGUGGAGACAAGAAAACGGAAUUGAGGGCGAGGGGCCUGCGUACGAUUGGCCGGUCGAUGCCGGUGCACGCCACAGAGUGGAUGGGAAGCCUGGCACUGGCGAGGGCGGAAAGUCGUCACAGGAAGGUCUCAUCGCGUGA